UAUAUGAUGCUGAUAAAUGGGAAGAAUGAGGUGCACAUGAUUGACAGAGACAACUCGGUGUUCCACAUAGCCAACCUAGAAUUCCCCUUUCGGAAAGACCUCCGCGUUCACUUAUCCAACACACUACUUGACGGGGUAAGUAAUUCACUCUCUCAGUGUCUCUCUCUCUCUCUCCGUGUCUCUCUCUCUCUCUGUGUCUCUCUCUCUCUCCGAGUCUCUCUCUCUCUCUCCUCUUUCUCGCUCUCGCUCUCGCUCUCUCUAAUUAGCCAACACACUACUUGACGGGGUAAGUCCUUCACACACUAUCUCUCUGUCUCUCUCUCUCUCUCUGUGUCUCUCUCGCUCUCUCUUUCUCUCCUACAGUUAAUGUCUCAGAAUGGUGAUUCGUACUGUACUAUGUGACGCUUAGCCUACGAUAUAAUACCCAUUGAGAUAUUAGUCAUAUAUUCAUACAAACUCUCUCUACUCUCUCUUUCGCUUUGUUUCUCUAUCUCUUUCUCUCUGUUUCUUGCGCUCGCUCUCGCUCUCUUUCUUUCUCUUUGUUGCUCUCUCUCCCUCUCGCUCUCUCUCGUUUUUGAAAAGCCUCCUUUUUAUGUCAACACUGUGACUUCUCUGGUCUCAUUGAAAGACCUACAACAUUCCUGUCUUUAUUCUUUCCGCCCUUUAUGUCCCCUGCCUGUCCCCGUAGCCCUACCCACAUCGCCCUGCUGCUCCACCCACACAUGACUGACAGCAUAAAGUAGCUGUUGUCAGCCUCCAUCCACACCAGGAGAACCCUGUGCUUCCUCUCAACACCUAGGCCUAGAGGAGAACAGUGAGAGCAGUGAUCCUUUCACCCAGUCCUCCACCACAGCCUGUUUUACAAGACAGGAGAGGAAACACUGUUCAUAAAUCAUACCAGAAAAACCAUAGAUUCAUCCGCCUUUAUCCUGCCCUGUAUUGUAAUGUACUGGAUAGAUACCUUCCUCCCAGGAGGCUGUUUGUUAUUGGCUGUCAUGUCUUCACCCUGUAAUAACAGGCCAAUCCAGGCUACUGGAGUUUUUGUACUAGAGAAGGUGUGCAUCCCAAAUGGCACCCUAUUCCCAAUAUAAUGAUAUUCCCUAUGGGACCUGGUCAAAAGUAGUGCACUAUAUAGGGAAUAGGGUGCCCUUUGGGACUCAGCCUAGGUCACCUCACCCAGGUGCCAGCGCUCCCCAAGCAGCAGGUGCACAAGACACCAGUCAUUAUCACCCUCCCUAAUCGGAACCGGUGAGAGAAGAGGCUGGCUGCCAUAAUGCGUAAUGCCGGUGUACACAGCCUGGUCUUUUGUACAGGAGCCCAAUUAUGUGGGAGGCUUGUUAGAGAGGUGAGUUUGCUUAGCCAUCAUCACUUUUCUCUAAGAUGGACGUGCCUUUUAUGCUCUGAGCAAUAUUAUUCCAAGGAGAUGCAUCUUUAUCUUUCCUCUCGGUAAUUCAGUGACUGAUUGAGAUGGUGGGUUGUCUCUUUGUUCGGGCCUUUUGUGCAAGGAACACAUUAGCAGGCUUUUGAAGCAGCUCUACACUGCAGAUGUGACAGUCCGUCUAGCCUGUCGUCAAGGCUUCUUGGUAUCCUUUUUGUUGUUGUGUUGUUUUUGAUGACGACUGCUAACAGAGUCCCUGUCCAGAUAGAACCUUGUGGCUAUGCUCAAGAGUUUCAUCCAUAGAUUCUUCAUAGAAUCUUACUACUUACACAGAAUCUGCCUCUGCCACAAGGCUUUUACAUUUAAAAAAAAAAUGUAGUCAUUUUUAGCCGACGCUCUUAUCCAGAGCGACUUACAGGAGCAAUUAGGGUUAAGUGACUUGCUCAAGGGCACAUCGACAGAUUUUUCACCUUGUGUGUUUGGAAUUCAUGUCAGUGUUUUCAGUGAACUACCCAGAGACCUAAAAUGUCUUUCAUGUUUGCAGAUAUAUUGCCAGUGGAACUGUUGCUGCAUACAUUCAAUCUUCAGCUCUUCUGUGGCAGUGGCUCUGCUGCUAGUGACUAGCUUAUUGAUAUAUCACCACACACAUAAUACAUAACUGUUACUGCCUCUGUGCUGCACUGCUGCAUGUACAGAGGUCAACUCACAGAUAUACAACUAUAUUCAUCCCCCAGAGCAAUUCACUCAGUGUUGUCUUGUAUUUGUCUGCAUUUGUACACUCACAUUGGAGUAAAUAUUUUAUGAGUAAAAUCCCUUCAAAGGACAUAAGCUGGAGUGAAUUCGUGCCAUAAUAGCUCUAAAGGAGUAGUUCCCUUGAUGUUCCUACAGGUCAUGUCAGAAUGGUGAUGUGUACUGUACUGUAUGACGCUUAGCCUACGAUAUGAUACCCAUUGGGAUAUUAUUCAUAUAUUCAUACAAACUCUCUCCUCUGCUCUCGCUCUCUCUCUCUGUUUCUCUCUCUCUCUCUCUCUCUCUCUCUCUCUCUCUCUCUCUCUCUCUCUCUCUCUCUCUCUCUCUCUCUCUCUCUCUCUCUCUCUCUUUCUGUGUUUCUCUCUUUCUCUCUGUUUCUCUCUCUCGUUCUCUCCAUCUCUUUCUUGUUCCCUCUUUCUCUUUGUUUCUCUUUCUCUCCCUCUCCACCUAGUUGCAUAAUGUGGCUGUGAAACCCAGUCAUGUCAGUUGGGCUUCUCACCAGCUCUGAAGUACCUGAUUCUCAACUCCACAAUGUUGAAUAAUGAAUGUGUAAAUCUAUUUCUGCUAACGUUUGCCGUUUCUGUCCCUGGUACUCUUCUCUGGUGUGUGCCGCAGUCUGCCGUACAUACCCCUCAGGAGACACAGCCAGCCCCUUUGAGAGAGCUAUGUUUAACCCCCCCCCCCCCCAGCUUGCUCAGCUCCUCUCGCUGUCUGAUUGGACCACAAAUGUAGAAUUAUUUAUCUUAGAAGAAUGUGUUGCCCCCCCCUCCCUCCCCCUAGUCUCUCUCUCGCUCCGUCUCUGGGUCUCUCUCUGUCUCUGCGUCUCUCUCUCUCGGUUUCCGUCUGUCCUCAUCACCCCCCGUCUCUUGUUUCCACAGGAGAUGAUUAUCGACAAGGUGAACGGCCAGCCCGUCCCGCGCUACCUGAUCUAUGACAUCAUCAAAUUCAACGUGAGUAGUGCCCUGCCCACCAUGCCCGUUCAGCCAAGAACAUGUUGCCCCUGUAAUUCCCCUACACCCCUGAUGAGGUGCCAGACAUACCAGGUAGUAGUCACUACGCCAUAA